AACAAAGCUAGUUUUUCAUCUCUAAUUUGUUAAAUAUUUUCUACAUAAUGCCCGCCCACUGCGCGGUGGCAAAUUGCAGCGAUAAAUACGUACAUGGCGGUAGCAUUUCCUUUCACAGAUUUCCGUUUAAGCGAAAGAAUUUGUUGCAAAAAUGGCAGCAAUUUACGAUGCGCAGUGCUCAGUGGAUGCCGUCCAAGUGGAGCGCAGUAUGCAGUCGCCACUUCCUUGAGACGGACUUUAAUUGCACGAACAAUCGGAAAACAUUGAAGAAAAAUGCAGUCCCAACUGUGCGCGUGGAGCCCGACUCACCUGCAUCAGAGGCAGGCAAACAGACCUUGUCCAGCACAGCGGAGGGGAUAGCCUCGACGAACGGCACAAAGACGACAUGUCGUUUCUGCGGCCUGUCCGCACCGUAUUGUGUGUCCUUCGAUAACAGCUUUGAGUUGUUCGGCAUGGUGCAAAAAUGCUUUCCAACGCUGCAAAUACUGCAGGACGACACGCUACCGAAGGACAUAUGUGGAGAGUGCCAUAAGCAAUUGCAGCGCUUUUCGCAAUUCAUCGAUGUGGUAAUGCAGGCGCAGAGCGAUCUGCAACGCAAGUAUCGACGACAGCCGAAGAUUAAGCAGGAGCCGGCGGUGCGCGUGAAGCAGGAGGCUUGCGAAAGUCUGGACAACUUGUUUCCUGACGAACUGGACAUGGGCAUGGACGAGGGCUGCUGUGAGCACGAGCAGGUGACGAGCGACGAAGCCACCGAGCAGAAGCUGCAAUUCUGUGACUUCCCCAUGCUUAAUGCCCAGGACAUCAUCAACAACUGUGAUAUCAUGGAGAUUAUCAAUCUAGAUGAUCCAUUUAUUAACAUCCCUGAUGAUUCGGAUGUGGUUCAGCAAUCGCAGACCCAAGCCGCGCAUCCUGGUGCUGUGAAUGCGACUAAUCUGCAAAGUGCGACUGAAAUGCUGCAGGCUGAGAUGCUUACCGAGGAGCACAACUAUGCCAAAGAGGACUGGCAGCUGCCUCCGCAUCAGUACAAGACGGAGAAGCUGGAAUGUUCUGAACAGGCGGAACAACAGACCGCUGCCUCUGCUGCUGCUACGGUGAAGCCCCCGCCAGAGCCACGUUCCAGCAGACCGAUUGUUACGAAUGUUAGUGAGAUUCCCAAUCCCUUGCUGUGUGAAUUGUUGCCUCCUCCAACUGCGACCUCCACAUCGCUAGCAGCCAACACUACACCCACCAGCAAGCCCAACAUAGUAGUCCUCAAUGACAGCGUUGUGCCAUUUUCAGCAGACUUUCGUUUCCACAAUUGCACGCUCUGCACGGCAAAGUUCUUCACCGCCGACAGCUUGAAUCAGCACUAUGCGCAUACACAUGUCGCCAACAGUCAGCCGCCGCCGAUGGUCAGUGUGCCACUCCUUAAUGUUAGCACCACUAAAGCGAUGCCACUGAAGCUGGAGACAACUAGCAGCACACAGAGUUUGCCCAGCGUGCCUCUACUGAGCGCACACAAUGACUAUUGGCAGGCCAGCGAUGCCUGGCGGCCCAACGCUAUGUUUCAGCCUGGGACGGGGCUGCAAGCGCCGAAGAAGAAAAUUGAUAUUUUGGACAUGCAGCGAAGUUUCCUUCAUCAUGAUGAUCUUAUGCCCAAGUUGGCCACACAUUUGCCGCCACAACCUCCGCCGGAUACCUCUCAUUCCAUAAUCAGCACGGUAGAUCCGAGCCUCAAUGAUGUUUCAGCGAAUUAUGCCAAAUUGUCCGCCCGCUUUCGCCGUCUGCAGCGGCAGUGUCGAAAACUAAAGGAUGUUUCCAAAGCCAGAGCAGCACGCCGAAGCUGUCGCCAAUGCUCGAAACGAUUCACUAGCAUACGAACACUUUUACGCCAUCGCAGACUGAAGCGUCACUUUGUGGCAAAACCGCAGCAUUUUGCUGCCAAGUGCUGCGGCUGCUUUAGACUCUUUUACUCCCGUCUCGGCCUGCGCCAACAUAUGCGCUACAUCUGCCAGUCGUUGCCGCUGCGUAGCACGCGUCUCAAUAGUUUCAAGUGUCGCCACUGCCAUGCGAUAACGUUCACUCAUUGGCGAAUCUAUCGGCGUCACGAACUCAAGUGCCGCACUCGACAACUCAACCUGGGAAGUCAGAUUAUGUCCAAGCAUCUGCCGAAGCGCUCGCGGCGAAACCUUCCCGUCCGCACCGUUGGCGGAAGCAACAAAAACAGCUGCCACGUAUGCCAGAAAACAUUCAGUUCAGUUACUGGACUCAAGCAGCAUUUGGUCACCCACACGACGGAGCGUCGCUACAAAUGUGGCAUCUGCGCGAAGGUCUUCAAACGACGCAAUGGACUGUCGCAGCACAUCAAAGGCUUUCACUUGCAACUCAAGCCGCACGAAUGUCCUGUAUGCAAGCACCGUUACGCCCUCAAGUGCGACAUGCUGCGUUGCCGGCACUCCCAACGACGUGGUGGGGGAGCCCCAGGCACCGCCACCUUCUCCGCCAUCGAAGAAUGAAACAUGCCCCCAGCAUCUCCAUACAUACAAUUCUAUACUAACCACUACUCGGAACACAACAAGCACAUAUCUGACCAAAAACAUUCUAGGAUUCAUGGAUCUCUUCCUACUCUGUUAGCUUCUUCACUAAGAAGUAAAAAGGAAAUUCUCCCCUUUUUAAACAUUAUGGACUUAGAUUUUAAGGAAAACUGUUAACUAUUCAAUAGCACCUAAUUGGAAUUAAAAUCAGGUGGACACGAUCAAUCAAUGACUUGUUAACUCGGAAACCCCGAUUACACACCAACAUUUGAGAAAUGUUGCAAGGAAGAUUUAUAGAAGAAAAUUAAUUAAUUAAUUAAUUACAGAAACAUAAUCAGCGAGCUAUUGUUUUCCGAUACGGCACAUCUGGUUUUGCAUCCCAUCUAUAUACUGAGGAACCGCAGCUGCCAUGGGUUUAGCAAAUAAAUGCGAGUCCAUUGACUGUUUGUAUUAUAUACAUUUAUUUAUUUGCAUGUGUCAAGAUAUAUUAAAAGGAUACUAUUAUUAAUUAUCCUACUUGCUGUUGUUACA